AUGGUGUACAGAGGCAGCUUGCAGACGGACGAUCCACGGGAUGCGCCCAGGCUGGUCAGGAUAUCGCCGUUGCGUACUAGUAGGCCGAGCAAUCGUGUGUCGAACGAGCGACCCGCGUCGUCCAUCAACAGCCCGAUGUAUCACGGUCCGUUUGUGCCGACGAUCGACGUUCAACGAGCGAAAUUGAUCGAAGAAAGACGUUUGGACCGUGAAAGGGACAUCGAGUCCGUGGAGAAGGUGAUUAUGAGGACCACCGGCUUAAAGGUCGGAGCUCCGAGACUCCGUAAUAUCAGUCAGAUACGUGACACUGUGUUCGUUGAUCCGGCCCUGAUACCGAUGGAGAAAAUCGGCCGAAAAGAAAGAGAUCGACCGAGGACCAUCGCUGUGGAUAGCUCCCCGAGAACCGGUAGGACGUCGAGUUCGAUGCUGGCCGAUUUGAAGGAUUUAGAACGAUUAAGAAAUACACCACCGGCUCAAAGGUGUUCUAGAACUUCGGCGAAGACUGACACAAAGCUCUCCAGCCCGAACAGGAAGACUGAGAUAUCGAGUUCGGCGAAAAUUCGAUCGGACAUAAUGAAGAUACAGCAGAUGUUCCAGACACCAGACUGUUCGCCGCGGUCGGUGAUGAAGUCGGCCGAGAAGCGAGCGGAUAGACGGAACGAGUUCGAGAGGCAGGAAAAGAAACCGGCCGCGGAAAUUAAUAGAACGAGAUUACUGGCGCAGAAGCUGCUCGAGGCGUCCCGCGGUAACCGGGAGUCGCUGAAGGAUCGUCAGAACAACCCCAAGAACGUCACUCCGAAUAAAACAACGAAGGAAACGAACGGCAGGGUGUCGGGCAAAGUGUCGUCGCAGAGAAGUGUCGCGGACGCCAAACAGCCGGGGAAAGAGAAAAAACAGACGGAGGAAUCGCACCCACGUCCACCGGUUCGGAAACGAAAGGAAUCGAAGAACAGACCUGGCUGCGACGUAAAUGGACUCGGCGACGAUCGCGAUAAAAACGAUCGCAUCGAGGAAAACUUCGGGAACGUCGGAGACGGCGUUGAGUCAUCGCCCAAUCGGGAGGAGUACACGAAUUCUACGAUUCUCGAGGAGAACACGAGAACGAGAACGAAGGAGCUCGACAGGCCGGAUAUCCUGGACGGAUUACUGAAGGAAUCCGACAAGCAACUGGCCGAACUGAAAACCGAUUUGCACGAACGGGGACGAUCUAGAAGCCACUGGUACGACGUCGAGCUUCAUUCGGAUAGCGAGGAUCAGAAAAAAGAUUUAAAUCUAUGGAACAAGAGCAUCAGCCAACGAUGGAGGAAGCUGAGGAGGAGGUGUUCCGUGCAGGAAACAUCCGAGCCUCAAGAGGCUUUGAUACAAGGUGGUACGACCCAGGCGGUUAUCCAAGCGGUGAGGCCCAAUUUGACUAGCAGGGAAUCCUCUCCGGCCGCAAAGAGCCUUCAAGAUGGCAACUCGCCGAAGAAGCUGUUGCAGACUAGUUCCUUAAGACUACCAGGCACCACCAAGGGCAUAGCCGACAUUCAGCACGUUCUCCGGAGCAAAUUCAGCAAGAUAAACGCUGGAAUACGGAAAAGGAAAGCUCUUAGCGUGUCCGAGGUGUUCACGCAGAAGGACAACGCGUCGAACUUCUACGUGCCGAGUCCAUUAACCUCCUCCUCCAGUCAGAACUUCGACGGGAAUUGCUACGAUUCCAGCGAGCCCACGUCCCUUCCUCCCUAUCCAUUCCACGACAACCUAGAGACCCUGGCCGAGGGCAGCGUGCCAAAUUCUCCGAACUGUAGCAGCCCGUUGACAAACAGCAACAAGACGUUCACAUACUCGCAGAGCAGUAGCACUUAUGGUUCACCCAUAGUGAGCCACGAUCACAGCCACAAAGACGUCUACGAGAACGUGGUGUUUGCCAGUGGCUCGUCCCCAGGCUGUUGUCCUAGAACCAGAGGUCUGUUGCAGCGCAGCAACUCCGAAAAUCGUGACGCCUGCAGACACCACGAACAUUCGUACGAGAACAUCCGUUACCAGCGAGGUCACAGAUCGGACGUGACGUCAUCAGUCACCACCACUCCGAGUUCGGACAGGCAUCUAGCGAGGAGCAAUUCCGAGACGAGGGAUCACCAUUCGUACGAGAACGUCCAUUUCCAGAAGAACGUGAAAGGUCGAAAUCAGUCCGAGCCGUCGUUCGACGAGAUCCAUAUACCCAGGGUGACGCCCAGAAAGAGGGUGACGGACUUUAAAGUCGGCGGACAGGUGACCAGUUAUUCGAACGGGCCUGGAUCCGGCUGCGUGAACAAGGAGGACGGCCCGUCCAGUUUAGGGGCCGACAAGAGCCCCGGCAAGAAGACCAGCAGGAGACUGAACAGCAGAAGCGUGGCUAAUAUUCCUAAUUCCUCUGCUACCGGUUUGAAGACUUGGCAAGGCACACAAGACACGGACGAAGGCCUGAACACCGACUCCGAACUCGAAGACAUCGACGAAGCUGGCGAGGGUGAAGAGUCGAGAUUCUGCACCCUGCCAAGGCCAGGCAAGGGUGGCGCGUCAUUCACGAUACUGACUGCCAGAUUCUACAAGGGUCCUGGUCACAAAGGACUCGGUUUCAGUAUCGUCGGCGGUACAGACAGUCCCCGGGGAAACAUGGGGAUUUAUGUGAAGACGGUCUUCCCUAAUGGGCAGGCUGCUGACCUUGGUACUGUUAAAGAAGGGGACGAAAUUUUAUCCAUAAACUCGAAACCCCUUCAUGGAAUGACACACGCGGAAGCGAUCGCCGAGUUCAAGUCCGUGAAAGCCGGUGACGUGGUUCUGCAUGUCGGUCGUCGGGUGAACAAGAAGAAAAGGGAUUCCCUAACCCUACCGCCUGUGGCUCCUCCAGCGCCUCGUCAACAAGUCAAGUGAACGGUCCGAUCUCCUGGUUCUCCACAUUCCCGUGUGAAAGCGUUGUCGCCGA